GUUCAGUCAUAUCUGCUCCGAUCUGACCAGUUUUGUCAAACAAUUUCGAGUCCCGACUCUGCCCUGUCCGUGUUUCCAUCGCGGGAAGUCUGCCUGAAGUCUGACCGUCACUGAGACUUAGGAGAACAGCAGGCUGGAAACAUGAACAAGCUUCCCUCGGCGUCCAGCCGUAUUCUCGACAUUCCGUGUAAAGUUUGCGGAGACCGGAGCUCCGGGAAGCAUUACGGUGUGUACACGUGUGACGGCUGCAGCGGCUUCUUCAAGAGAAGUAUCCGACACAACCGCAACUACACCUGCAAGUCUCCCAACAACUCCCCGUGCCCCGUGGACAAGUCCCGCCGGAACCAGUGCCGGGCCUGCCGACUGCAGAGGUGCUUCCAGGUCAGCAUGAACAAGGACGCUGUGCAGCACGAGCGAGGUCCCAGGAACUCCACCAUCAGGAAACAGUUGGCGCAGUACAUCAAGGACACGACGCGGGGUGACGCGGCGCCGCCCGCCUGUCCCGCGUUCCUCGGGGCUCCUUACCUGCCGGUCCGCGCGCUGGUGCCCGUGACUCUGGCGGGCGGCUGUGCCCCCGAGUUCAGUCACUCCACAAUCUUUCAGCCGGUGCCCAGGUACCCGGUAGAGGUUCUCCAGAGAUGGUCCUGUAAGACGGAGCCUGUCCAGGAGUCUGCAGCGAGACUACUCAACAUGACCCUGCACUGGGUCAGGAGUAUCCCGACAUUCCUAACACUCUCUAGUCAUGACCAGCACCUCCUCCUGCAGAGUAGCUGGCCGGAGAUGUUCCUGUUGGGGCUGGCUCAGUGGGCGCUCCCGAUGGACCCCAAACAACUGGCGGUGGAGGCAGGCCUCCCCUGUGAGCAGACGUCCCCCGGCAGACUGACGUCCUUCCUACAGCAGGUCCAGCUGCUCCAGGACACGCUGCACAAGUUUCACCACAUGCAGCUGGACGCUGUGGAGUACGCCUGUCUCAAGGGCAUCGUGCUGUUCAAGACUGACGUCCCAUCCCUGAGAGAGCCCGGUACUGUGGCAGUCCUGCAGGAUCAAACCCAGCUCAGCUUCAGUCACCACAUCGAGGUGCACAAGCCAGGACAACCUUUCCGCUUCGGCAAGCUGCUUCUCCUACUGUCCAGUCUGCGAGAGGUCCAGUGCUCCAGUCUGGAGAGUGUGUUCUUUACAAAGAUGACCACAGGAGGAGUCAGCAUGGACCAGUUGGUUCUGGACAUGUACAAAUCCCUGCAGGCAGAAGACUUGUCUGACAGCUACAGGUGUUAUGGAAGGGCCUCUACUUAGUCUGGAGCAAUUUUAGGCAUAAGCCCAACAAAUCCACGCCAGUUCAUAAUUAGCAGUUAGUUCAUACAUGACAGGCCGUGUUUAAGUGAAGUCACCCAAGGCGCUUUACAUGUGGUUUACCCCGAAGCCGGUUUCAAGUGGCUCCAU